GCGUGUGCUUCCGUAUGCUUACUCAACCGGAAAUUACAGCAGUCAAACCAGUAUUACCAUUUAUUUGUCUGGUCCAAAACGGGACAAACUAUGCCGUCUGGACACUUCCUGCAAUGAAGAGAGGUUUUCCAUGGAGAUUGUUCAGAAUAAUCGCCGUGUUUGCCGUGUUGAUUUGGUCUUUUUACGCUUUUAGAGGAAGUAAACAAUCUCUAACGCGACCCGCCUUGCUGUCAGAUAAGGACUAUCAACUCAUAUCGCCUCAAACGUACACAUACAUCCACAAUCAGCCUCAAUUGUGCUCUAACCGAACUGAGAUUUUCGUUGUUUUCCUCGUUCCGGUUGCGCCUCACAAUUACGCAGCGCGAGAGGCCGUGCGUAAAACAUGGGGUGCUCCAGGAGUGGACACUUUGACACUGUUCUUUCUGGGGUUACCUGAGGACAGUUCCAAACGAGCUGAAAUACAAGAUAAAGUUGAAGAAGAAUCAAAAAAUUAUGGAGAUAUCAUCCAAAUUAACUUUAUUGACAGCUACCAAAACCUGACAAUCAAAACGCUGAUGAUGAUGCGCUGGCUCGACGUGCACUGCCCACAGACGCGCUACGGCAUGAAAGUGGAUGCUGAUAUUUUUGUGAACGUUUUCUAUCUCAAAGACUACCUCAAGUUCUGCCCAAGAAGGAGUUUUAUCACUGGAUCGGUUAUCAACGAUGGCGCGCCGAGACGCAACAGCGAGAGCAAAUGGCAUCUAUCUGAGCAAGAGUACCCCGAGGACACGUUCCCCCCGUACGUGUCCGGAGCCGGGUACGUCUUCUCGUGGGACCUCGCGGGACGAAUAAGUUUGGCGUCCCGGUUCUUUCGCGUGAUCCCGCUGGAGGACGUGUACGUGGGGUUGUGCCUGCGUCUGCUGGAGGUGCGGCCGGAGUACGCGUACAGCCUGGUGCCUUUGGUAACGAGUCUUUUUGAAGUGAGGAAUCUGGAGUAUGAUCGGUGUAGGUUUGCUAAAUUGAUUAUAGUAAAUGGGUUUAGUCCGUCAAAGCUGAUAGAAGCGUGGAGGGAUUUUACGCACGGAAAUGCAAACUGCUAGGACCAAAAAUACGAAAUAAUAUGUUAAAAAAAAGGUGCACUAUGUAACUUUUCUAAUGGAUGAUCCGGGACCUGCUCGUCUCCAUGGAGAUCGUAUUGCUUUGGCUGGAAUGCUGUAAACUUUUCUAUCUUGCAUUACUCAAUUACGGGUGUUUUUAUUGCCUUGGAAAAACAUACAUUCUUACCAUAAGCAGAGACGCCUCACUCCACACAUUUGACCUGCCAUUUGUCCUGGUGGUGUUACCUGCUUGUCUCCAUGGAGAUUGAUAUUUUCCAUGCCCUGCUGUGAACAUUUGGCAAAGCUAUUACUUCUCCAUCGCCAGAAAAGCCACAUAAUGCACCUUGAUUGUGUUCCUGUUAGCAUCAGAGUAAUUUCUAAACCAAACUGUGUAUUAAUCUCUUUUACACUAGACCUCUUCAUUAACUAGAUUUAAUUCCAUCCAUUUUCUUUCGCUUAUCCGGGGCCGGGUUGUGGGGGCAGCAGUCUAAGCAGGGACUCCCAGACACGUCCUCCAGCUCCUCUGGUGGGACUCCAAGGCGUUCCCAGGCCAGCCAAGAGACAUAGUCCCUCCAGCGUGUCCUCACCCUAUUUCUAAGGGAGCGCCCAGCCAAAGGAAACCCAUUUCUCCCGGUUGUAUCUGCAAUCUUGUCAUUUUGGUCAUUACGAGAUUUAAUUCCUUGUCUCUUAUAUGUGACACUUUUGUACUUUUAUACACUGUGCUUUUUAGUGGGAUGCAAAUCAAAGCGCUUAUAGAAAACCUAUACAAACAUGUAGAAAAUGCAAACGCUCUGACCUUCGUGCUGUGAGGUGACAGUGCUAACCAUAGUGCACCUUUGUUCAACUUAUGCAUUCACAAAUCUUCUCUGUGCCUGAUUAUGUUUAUAUCAACACCUCCAAACUUCUAAUACCAAUUUGAGUGUGUUACAUGUAACUUUUUUGAACUUUUGAACACUAUCAGGGACUUUCCAAUGAUCAGUAUGCUAGUUGCACUAUUCGAAAAUGAAUUAUGUUUUGUAGCUAAAACGUGGAAGGUUCAUUAAUUACUGUUGCAUUGAUGUAUAAGAUGAAUAGGAAGUUAACUGUGUUUCUUUACUUUGUGCAGACAGGGUAGGCUAAGGUUUUACAGGCCCAUCUCUGGACCUGUAAUCACAUAUAGUUUAGCCUAGUAAUUUAAAUUCUAGCUGAACAAUAAUACUACAAUGUGCCUAAAAAACUUUAUUUGAGGUCAGAUUUAUUUUAUUAAUUAGUUGUAGCUUUAACCCAAUGUGCCCAAUUUUACCAAAGUUUCAAUAGUUUGUGUUGUUUUCUUUUUAUUAGCCAAUUCUUGCCUACAGCCUUAACCUCCACCUCUGCAUCCUCUCCUCUCUCACACACUAACUUGAUCUCCUCUUUCACCGCAUCCUUAAGUCUCCUCUUUGAUCUUCCUCUGAGCCUCCUGUUUAAGCGAUCAUCUACUCAUAUAUUCACUAAACCUUCUAUAUGCCUUAUAUUCACUUGUUUGUAUCACAUUCCCUGUCCCUCCUCUGUACCAUAUAUUCACGAGCCAACCCCUGUACCGUAUAUUCACUAAACGUAUAAUAAUGAACAAUAGCAUUUGUGUUCUUCCUCCUGUCUACGCAUUUGACAGUAUUCUAUAGAGUCAUGUACCUUCUUAAAGGAACAGUAUGUAACUUUCUGGAGGUGGCACGUCACCUACAUGAUUCCCUGGAAAUAGAAAGUUAAAAUCAUGCUCUAAAAACAUUAGACACAUUUUAUUACUGUAGCUAUAGCUAAAAGAACAACAUUUUCCCUCCUCCUGCCCAGAUAAGAAUCAGGUUUGUGGGGAUGCACUAAGGAUGCAUGUUUUUCAGUGCAAUAAACAACCAAAAUGCUUUUAGUUUAGCUUAUUUUUUUUUUAGCUAAAAAGUUACAUACCACGCCAAAUUGAUUGUUAUUUUGAUAGUUUAUUUUGUUUAAAUCUUUCAUGCAACAUGCCUAAACAAUGCCUAAAUGCUCACUUGAAACCAAACUAAAACUUGUUCAAAUUGUCUUCUAUGUUGAAUGUACAAACUAUAACGUAGGAAAAAGCCAUAGGUGUCUAACUUGCUGAUUUAAGUAGUAAUGGGUAACACUAAAUGCUGUAAACCAAAGCUGUUGUACCUUUUAAAUGUAUGCUGAUUGUAUUAUGCCUUUUUGAACACAGACUAACUGCACUGCUGUAAGCAAAGCCAUUUGUCUUUUUAUUGUAAUGCUUGGUUGUAUCCAGCAGGUGGUAGGAUUUGCAAACCUCAAAGUAUAACGCUGUACGUGCCACUAUAUCAAAUGCUGUGCUAGGCUCAAAGUAUAAGCUAAAGCCUGCUUAAAAUACAAUCAUGUAGCAUGUGCAUUCAUUAUUAUUGUACCAAUUAUUUUUACAUGUGCAUGUGAUUAUUUUGUGCCUUAAUUACUUUAUGCUGGAUUGUCUCCAAGCUAUUAUGUGAUUUGAACACAUUAAAUGUA